AGCAUCGCAUUAGCCGGAUAAACGCUUACAUUUUGAGAAUUUAUAUUUAUUUUUAGUAGUGACAGGAAUAACGAUUAAAAGUAAUGAAGCGGGGCCGGACAGAAAAUAUCCAAAAUGCUGUGACCCAGUACCUAAAAAGAAGGCAGUAUGUGGACGUGGAGGGAUCGCUGAAAGGGGCCAAGCUGUCUCAGUCUGCUGAGGAGAUGGCAGCAAACCUCAUGGUUCAGGAAGAAUCUAGCUGUGGGAACGUUGUUUCUGCUGCUCCGUGCCAGUCGGACCCUCAGCAGUAUGAGACUCAGUUCUCCAGGUUACGCAACUUCUUGCUAGAGGCAGAGGUGCAGUGGGGGAAGGAGGUCAGUUCUUUACUCUUCCCGCUUUUCCUGUACCUGCACUUGGAUAUGGCACGCUGUGGUCUGAAAGGAGCGGUCGAUUCCUUCUUCAGCCGCUUUCACUCCUUUUUCCAGCAGGACUCUGAGCAGAGAGCCAUUGUAGAGCAGCUCCGAGGUGUCAUCACGCCACAGGAUGUGGCCUCCAAUUCUAAACUGUGCUCUCUGCUGGAGCAUAAGUACGUGGUGCAUCUGACAGAUGAGGCUUACACGUACCUGCUGCGCUACCUCCAGAGUGAAGAUAACAGUGCCAUCUGCAGGGUGCUCAGCACACACCUACAGGUUGAGGUGUCUGCCGUGCGUCGAACAGAAUACCAGCUCUAUGGUACAGGGCUCACCACAGGAAACUCCACAUCUUCUGGAAGCUGGGCGGGAGUGGAUGGGGUUGAUGGGACAAAGACUGUGGAUGUCGCAGCAGGGUUACCGCCUCAGAACGAGGCCGCCCUGGAGGCUCUUCAGGACUGCAUCAAGCGUGUUCGUGAGGGUCCUCCAUCGCUCACUACCAUCUGUUUCUACGCCUUUGAGAACACAGAGCAGCUUCUGAAUGCUGCAGAGGUAUCGCCCGACAGCCGCCUACUUGCUGGUGCUUUCGAUAACUCCGCCGUCAAACUCUGGAGCCUCAGAGCCAGGAAGCUGAAGGCUGGGCCUCGCAAGGCCAAUGUGUCCAACAUCCGGCUUGUUUGUGACCUACUGGAGGAAGAGACAGAAGAGGAAGCUGGCAGCGAGAUGAAGACUCUGCGUGGUCACAGUGGACCGGUGUACGGUGCGGCAUUUCUACGGGACAGUUCGGGUUUACUGUCGUGUUCAGAGGACUGCACAGUGCGCUACUGGGAGCUGCAUGGCUUCAGCAAUGCGGCAGUAUACAAAGGUCACGCCUAUCCUGUUUGGGACAUCUCAGUGAGCCCGUGCGGCCUGUACUUCUGCACAGCCUCAAAGGACACCACAGCGAGGCUUUGGACUCCAUCCCAUGCCCACCCACUGCGCCUCUAUGCCGGGCACCUAGCCGAUGUCGACUGUGUGCGCUUUCACCCUAACUCGAGCUACAUUGCCACGGGGUCAGCUGACAGGACCGUCCGCCUGUGGAGUACACAGCAUGGUGGCUCAGUGCGCUUACUGACGGGUCACAGAGGCCCUGUGCUGGCGCUUGCCUUCUCGCCCGACGGGAGGUACCUGGUGUCUGCAGGUGAGGACCAGCGGCUCAGGCUUUGGGAUUUGGCAGCGGGUGGUGUGCUGAAGGAGCUACGUGGGCACACAGGUGCCAUUACUAGCCUGGCAUUCAGCCCCGACAGUGCGCUCAUUGCUUCGUGUGCUAUGGAUAACUCGGUGCGCGUUUGGGACGUGAGGAACGCUCACGGUGGAGGAGCAGCGCCUCCAGACGGUUCUAGCCCUGAACUGGUGGGAGUUUACACGGGUGAGACGAACAGUGUUCUCAGUGUGCAGUUCACCGCUUGCAACCUGCUUCUGGUAACUGGCACAGCCCAGGAGAAACAGGAACAGUGAACAAAAUUUUGGGUCACGUUUUCUAUCGUUCAAUUUGAUUGUAACGAACAGACUCUUAUGUUAAUGCCUAUGAGUCAUGGGGCAUGAGCUGCAGCAGUUAGGGCAAAUGUACUUACUGUACUGAUCCAAGAUCAGUGUUUUCCCUUCCCCUCAUGUUCUGUACUAAACUUUUCUGUUUCAGUUUUUUUGUAUAGUAUUUUUUCAUAUAAAUACUGAUCAAAUGUUUUGUAGAAGGAUAUUUAAAGAAAAGGCCGUCAUUAGGAGGAGAACAUGUUUAUUUUCAUUUUUGUCUGUUAUAUAUAGAAAUUGCUUAGUGAAUGAAAAAAUAAA